AUGAUUAACAAAGAAAACAGUGGGCGCGUUCACUAUUCAACUGAUAGCAGUGUGGGGAGCAAACAAGGAAUUACACACGGUGGAAUCGGUAAGAGCGGCCGGGGAUAUAAUAUCAACUUUGCCAUUGCAUGGCUUGACGAAACCAUGAAAUUAGAUGACCCAAAACUUUAUACGAACCAUUCAACCGUUGAGGAUGAACAGGGAAGAAUGUGGUCGCUAGAAACUGAAACAACAUAUCCCCAGUUUAUCACUCUCCUUCAGGAAUAUUACUGGCCGAUGGUGGGUCGUAAUGUUGGUGCUGAUGAAGUUAGGAGGAAAAUCAUUGAUGACUUGAGAGAGGCAUUGGAUUCAAGGGAUACAACCAUCAAAGAUUUGGAGGCGGGUUCUCAGUUGUUCCGCCUCAUUUUCGGAUAUUUCAAUGAUUGGAUUCGGGAACUGGGCUUCUCCGCGGGGCAAUUAAAAAAGAGGUUGCAUCUAACAGAGAAAAUGAUUUAUGUUGGAAAAUUGCUAUAUUCUGCGUUAGUAUACAUGUGGAAUGUGGGGAAAAGGCAAAAGAACUCCUGUGAUGGCAUCCUCCGCCGUCUGGAGGAACUGUCUAGGGAAAGAUCCGGUGUUAACAUGUUGCCUCCCGCCAAUCCUGAGAACUCAUUUCCUCCUCCUUCGGUCAACGGGCACCCGCAAACUUUACCACGCGCCCUACGUAACGACGAAUUGCAAGCCUUCGCCACGACGGUAACACCGGAUUUUGAGAUUAGGGGGGAAUAA